AAAACAAAAAAUCUAGCUUCGCUACUUUCACAUGGAUGUUAUUUUGCCUUUAUUUUGCUUAUACAAGCAAGGUAGAACUUUGUGAUAACUUAAAACGCUCUCCUUUUCAGUUUUUGGGAAAAAUUUUAGUGAUUAAAGCUCAAUAUGAGUUCCUGGAACUGCUGUAGAACUUGCCUCAGCACCGCAUCUUUAAACCCAAUAUUUUUACAAACAGAACACAGUGAUCAUUAUACAAAUGUUAUAUUGAUUGCUACAGGAGUCAAGGUUGAGCUUAAUGACUGUUUACCACAAGAAGUUUGCCACGCCUGCAUUUCAUUCAUAAACGAAACAAUGAAAUUCCGUAAAAAAUGUGAACUCACCCAAAUGACACUCAGAAAUAGACUUAACGAUAACACUUAUGAUAUAAAACAAGAAUUUGACAAACCAGAUACAAUAUCUAUAGACAUUUCAGAAUAUGUAGAUGAUGAUUUUAAAGACUAUGACGACAAUAUUACCUUAAAUACACUACAAUAUACAGAAGAAAAAACUUUAGAUAAUAAGUGUACAGAAAAUAUGGAUGAUAUAAAAAAUAUAGAAACUGAAAACAAAGUACAAGAGACCACAGAUAAUAAAGUUAUUUUAGAAAAAGUUAAAAAAGAAGUAAAAAAGAGGAGGGUUAAAAAGAAAGAGAUGAACGGACAGAAGGUGAAAGAAGAAAUAGAAUGUGAAUAUUGCCAUAAGAUCUUGACGUCAAAACUGUCGAUUAGGAAUCAUUAUAAAAUACAUACUGGUUUUGAUGUCGUUUGUGAGCAUUGCGGCAAGAAGUUCAUAACCCGUCGGCUGCUACUGAUGCACUGCCGAGCGAAGCAUGGGUACGAGAAGACAGAUAAGUGCUCGUAUUGCGACUACCGAGCGUCCAACGCGGAGCAAGUCAAGAUUCAUGAGAGGCUACACACUGGCGAGAAACCAUACGUGUGCGAGCAGUGCGGCGCGGGCUUCCACAGAAAAAGUUCCUAUCUACAACACGUCGCCAUUCAUUUGCCUGAGAAAACUGUUCAGUGUACGGUAUGCCCGGCGCGCUUCAAGUCCGUUACUCUGAUGAGGAUUCACGCGGCGCGCCAUCGAGCGCCGCGAUACACCUUCCAGUGCACACUCUGCGAGAACAGCUUCGCCAGACGGAGGAACGUAGCUCGACACGUGCAGCGAAUCCACGGGCUCCCACCGGAGCCCGACACGAUUAGCCGGCGUAAGAUAGCGUGACAGUCUUCAGAGCAAGAAUAUAUGGAUAUGAAGGGUACACGGUAAGAACAUGUUUAAUCACUUUUUUCGAAAAAUGAGAUUUUCAUUUCAAAAUGUAGACCUCUAAAUGAACUAUUAGUUAUAUCUUUUGCUACCACUGUAUAAUAUAUGUAACACAACUUUUUUUUAAGUUAAAAAUGACCUGAUCACGGAAUUACCAUACAUUUUGACAUGGUUCCAAAUUUUAAAACCGCGAUUACUCAAAAUGUUACUAAAGUGACUAGACAUGUUCUUUCCGUGUACCCUUCAUAUAUAGUUGGUCAAGCAAAUCUUGUCAGUAAAUAGGAACAAAAAAAAACUAUACUCAUCCUUUUCUUUUGGAUGCUAGUACUAGUGUAAGACAAAGAUAGUAUGAUUCUCUCUGUCUAUGUUUGAAAUGAGACAGUCCUUUGACAAACUAUACAUACAGGGUGGUUAAAAAAUUUGUGCAUUCUCGUUGCCAGGGAGGUUUUGGGAUUAUACUGAGCAACUUUUACUAUGGGACCAACCACGAAAUCGCGAAAAAAAAUAUAUUUCCCCUCCUAUGGAAAAUGGACCAGCCGAAAUGUCAAAGUCAAAUUAUUCUUUAUUCAAAUAGGCCUAGCAACAAGCACUUUUAAAUUAUCAAGUUUUAAAUAUCACCUUAAUCUAAAUAUCAGAGCAAUUUAUUGAUGCAGUUAUUAUUAUUCCUAAAAACAUUGAAUUAUUAUAGAUAUGUCAAACUUAAUAAUGUAUGAAACAGCCAAUUUGUUUUCGCAAUUUCUGGGUAGGUCCCAUAGUAUAAGUUGUUCAGUAUAGGUUAUAGGUUAUAGGUGUUCGCGGGCUAGGUUUCCGCAACUCGACGUCUUACGAUGCGCCUAUUUUGUGUGAUGGGUUGCCGGCACUACUCCUGCCAACCCAACUCCUCCAAGAAGCCUAGCAGACCCUUGAUGUUGCCGACGACUUCUGGGAGAGACCCCGGCGAACCGAGGUAUUGUGCCCGGUAUUCUGCCACCCAUUGUUCAGUAUAAUUCCAAAACCUCCCUGGCAACGGGAAUGCACUUAUUAUUUAGCCACCCUGUAUAUGAAACUCAUCUUGUAAUACGGUCUAACAGUAAAUAAUGUUAUAAGGUAA